AACGUUUCUUCCAAACAGCACCAGAAAAAAAAGGGAACUCUUGACAUAACUACAGGGUAAUUCAAGGCCUUUCAGAUCUUCCGAACACAGCUCAUCUGAGCGCAAGAGAACCAAAAAAAACGAGGGGCAUUUUUCCACCCCGCGCUUGCGCCAGGAUUUUCCAACGGGCUGCCCCUCCUCACUCACCCGAGUCGACCUGAGUCUCAUGACAGAGAGGAACGGCAAACCACCCUUGAUGAGAUCACCACCAGGAAUUCUCCAGCCAUCUUCAUAAUGGAGUUUCUCGUCCGCUUCUCCCAGGCCCACGAGUCCUUUCGGCUACCAGAGCUGCAAGCCCUCGCCGAUUUAGAGGGCAUCGACAUGAAGGUCAUCGAGUACAGUCUAGAUUCCCCCUUCUGCAUCAUCACCCUCCCCUCAAUCGACCUCGCCCCCCGCCUCGUAGCCCGCUCCCUCCUAACCCAAUCCAUCCACCUCCUCCUCGCCUCAGCCCCAACCCACGAUGCCAUCCACCCCAUCCUCAAAUCCCAACUCGCCUCCCCAUCAUCAACAACCUUCGACUGGUCCGCCGUCAGCUCCUCGACCUUCAAAUUCUCCCUCGACACAUACCAAUCCUCCCGCCCCCACGCCUCCUUCGUCUCCCUCAUAAACGGCUACAAAUACCUCCCCCUCCAAGGCACAAUCGACCUCAAAACCCCAGAGCUGCACCUCACAAUUUUCGAAGACUGGGACCUCCGCGGCACAGAGGGGCCCAAACGCGUCCACCUAGCCCGCUUCCUCGCCACGGGAGCACGCUCUCUGUCGCUGAAGUAUGACCUCAAGAAACGGGGGUACAUUAGUACGACGUCAAUGGACUCGGAGCUCGCGCUGGUAACAGCGAACCUCGCGCACGCGGCGCCUGGAAAACUGUUUUACGACCCGUUUGUCGGGACGGGCUCGUUCCCCGUUGCGUGUGCGCAUUUCGGGGCGCUCGGGUUCGGGAGCGAUAUUGAUGGGCGGGCGAUCCGCGGGAGUGGAGGGGAGAGGAGCGUCAAGGGGAACUUUGCGCAGUAUGGGCUUUCAGAGCGUAUUGGCGAGUUUUGGACGGCAGAUUUGACGAAUACGCCGGUACGGAGGGUGAGGUGGCUUGAUGGUAUCGUGUGUGAUCCGCCGUAUGGUGUGAGAGAGGGGUUGAGGGUCUUGGGAUGCCGGGAUCCGGAGAAGACGCCGUGGGUUGUUGAGGCUGGGAAGCAGCGGUAUAAGUCGGGAGACUUCAUCGCCCCCAAGAAGCCGUACAGCUUCCUCGCCAUGCUCGACGACAUCCUCGAGUUCGCCUCCGAGACCCUCGUCGACGGCGGCCGCCUCUCCUUCUGGAUGCCAACCGCCAACGACGAGGACCAGGAGAUCCCUACACCGCAACACCCACGCCUCGACAUCGUCGUCACAUGCGUACAACCAUUCAACAAAUGGUCCCGUCGACUCAUCACAUACCGGCGCAUCCCCGACAGCCAGGUAGACCCGGAAAGGCUGGCGGCCUACAAGCGCACAUUCGUAGCAGGAACAACAGCAGAUGAGUUGAACCCCUUCCGAAGGGGUUACUUCACAAAGUUUGAAAAAGAAGAAGCCUGAUAGAAGAAGAAACCAAGAAAAAAAAAGAGACAAGUACAGCAAAUACCCAGCCCCCUUCUUUGAUGAUGCCAUGACCGUUUGCCCGAUAAGAAAUAAUAAUGA